AUGAACUUUGAGAUCCCUGAGGAGAUUAAGGAACCACAGCAUUUCCAGAAGGAGCAUGCCACAUCGGUCAUCUCUGAGAUGCUCUGGAACAUCUUUUGUAUUUUCGAAAGCAAUUUCUCCAGCACUGGCUGGAAUGAGACCAUUGUUAAGGACCUCCUUGCUAACCUUGAUUGGCAGAUGGACCGUCUGGAGCCAUUCCUGAAGGAAAAAGUGAAGGAGAAAAGCUUCACCUUGGGAAACGAGAGCAUCCUGUCCCUGAAGAACUAUUACUCAAGGAUCAAGCAGUACUUGAAGACCAAGGAUUACAGCCGCUGUGCCUGGACAGUAGUCCAAUUGGAAAUCCUCAACAACUUUGUCAUCAUUAACAGACUUACAAAUUACCCCCAAAACUGA